GUCAUUCGUGUCAACGACAAACAAGCUAAGAAUAGUUCGACUGGAGUUUCCAUUUUCGGUUUAUUUGACUGUAUGGUCAGCUAAGGAAGAAGUGGGGCGAUGAACACAAAUAUAUCUAUACCAGUUGAGGAGCACGGCGAAGCAGAAUGCGGAUGCUGUUUCGAACUGCUUGUAGAGCCGACUACCUUAGUCUGCGGUCACACAUUUUGUAAACACUGUCUGGCUAGAUGGACUGUUACCAGUGGACAGCGACGGUGCCAAACCUGUAAACAGGGAUGGAGAGGCUCACCGAAGGUAAACAUUGUGCUCAGAAACAUGUUACAGAAUGCAUGGUCACAAAAAAUGGCAGACAGGGUGCAGGAAGUCGACACAGACGAAAACCGGCGUUUCCUCUCCGACUUCGACAAAAUGAAUAAUAUCGUAACGGCACAAGAGUUGCUCCAAUCGGUUCAUGGUGGCAUGUCAGCAGGAAUUUCUAAUGCGCAAAACAACCAAACAAGAUGCAAAUACUUUACGUCUGGUAUCGCCCUUACAGUGUUGGUCUUCUGUAUUGUGUCCUAUAUUGGUAAUAUCGGCCAGAGGACGCUAAUUGACACGCCAGUCAAGCAAUGGAACACGGAUGACGUAGUCACAUGGAUAGGACAUCUUGGCACGUGGGGUGAUCACUUUUCGGAUGCCAUCAGAAAGAAUAGCAUAGAUGGUAAGAUGUUGCUCGUAAUGCAAGAAUCCGACGUCAGGAAUAGACUUAAUAUGACAAAUGAGCUGCAGAGGAAGGUGUUUCUCAAAGAAAUAGCUGCCAUGGUGACCACUGGAUCGAAACAGCCAGUCAACCUCUGGGAGUACAAGUCAGCCUAUCCAGUCUUUACAUUCACCAUGCUGUUGGGUUUUAAGCUUUUCCCUCGGAUUACCAUUGGGUACAGCUACAUAUUUGAGUACGACACUGUUUACACUCCUUUCAUGAAAUACGCCUGUUCAGAAUUCUCAGGAAAUGACAUGGAAGAGGCAACGAAUUUUUCUAGGCUGUUUUACAUAGCAUUCCUGCCUUAUUGGUUGGUUGGAAGAUAUGCAUCUGCAUGGACGACUGACCACUACUGGGUCAGCAGAUUUAUAGUCCUAGUCUGUGCCUUUGCUACCAUUUAUGACGUCAUGUUGUUCCUGACAAUUUUUAUGAAAAAGUGGACCGAAAAGGAUGUGAAAUAUGACAUAAUUUUCUUCUGUUUGUAG